AAAAAACGUAAUAUCAUAGAUUGUUACAGCUCGUUCAAUGCAGUGUCAUUGAUGUGACACAACGUUUUAGUGACGUGUGGGCUGUAUGUCUCUGACGUUUGUAUAGUCCGCAGCUGUCCAAAUCACCGUUUUCUGUUGACAACCUGUGCAGCACGAUGUCGUCUCUCUCUGUUCCGCCACCGCAAUGCCUGCUGAAGCCGUUCGUUUCUCCUCAGCGCUAUAUGUUUGGACCAGGACCAUCGAACGUGCCGCCGCGAGUCUUGGCGGCGGGUUCGCAACCCAUAUUAGGGCAUAUGCACCCAGAAGUACUUGAGGUUAUGGAUGAUAUUAAGAGUGGGAUCCAGUAUGCGUUUCAGACCCAGAAUCGUGUGACUUUGGCUGUGAGUGGUCCUGGCCACGCAGCCAUGGAAUGUGCCAUAUUCAACACAGUGGAGCCAGGAGAGAGUGUACUCAUCGCUGUUAAUGGCAUCUGGGGAGAACGAGCUGCAGACAUGGCUGAGAGGAUAGGUGCCAAGGUGAACACAGUCAUAGCCCCUGCUGGAGGUUAUGUAACUAAUGAAGAAAUUGAGAAGGCCUUAGCCCUACACCGCCCCGUAAUGUUCUUCCUCACACACGGGGAGUCGUCCACAGGAGUCCUGCACCCCAUUGAUGGGAUUGGAGAACUCUGCCACAAGCACAAUUGUUUGUUUGUAGUGGACUCUGUGGCAUCAAUGGGAGGUGCACCGCUCUACAUGGACAAACAAGGUAUAGAUGUGCUGUACACCGGCUCUCAAAAGGUCCUGAACUCUCCUCCUGGAACUGCACCAAUCUCCUUCAGUGAGAAAGCAUGUGAGAAAGUGUUCAACAGGAAAACAAAGCCUGUUUCCUUCUUCUUAGACCUGAGCUGGUUGGCAAAUUACUGGGGUUGUGAUGACAAACCAUCACGCAUGUACCAUCACACUGGGCCAAUUACUGGGCUUUUCACACUGAGAGAGAGCCUUGCUAUCUUGACAGAGACUGGUUUAGAGGACUCCUGGAGGAGACACCAGGAGGUGGCAGAGUACUUCCACAAAGGCCUGGAAGAGAUGGGUCUCAAACUGUUUGUGCAGGACAAGAAAGCUAGGCUGCCUACCGUCACCACAAUACUUGCUCCCUCGGGCUAUGACUGGCGAGAGAUCACCGCCUACAUCAUGAAGACCUACAACAUUGAGAUCUCUGGAGGAUUAGGACCCUCCUCUGGGAUGGUUCUGCGCGUAGGGUUGAUGGGCUGUAACUGCAGCAAGACCAGUGUGGACAUGGUGUUGGAGGCUCUUGCAGAUGCCCUUAAACACUGUCACAAAAGCAAAGUGUAACUGCAAUAAUGGAGGAAUGAGAACUUCAAGACCACCGCUGCAGGAAAAAAAAACCCCUCUUUAUACAGUGAAGCUCCAUCAGGGAUGCCAGCAUUAAAUUUUGAUUUCCCUAGUUUGGUCAGUUUUUCAGACAUGCCUUUUUUUUUUUUUUUUUACAUAUAACAUAUAUAUUACACAUAAUAUACAUAUGUACUCAUCUUAGGCCUGAGGCUAUAUAUGAUCUGUUAACAUUGCCAAUGAUA